AUGGCGGCGCUGGCCCGGGCGGCGCGGGGCUGGGCGCGCUCGCAGCCGUGCGCCCUGGCGCUGGCCGCGGCCCUGGCGGUCUGCGCCUUCUACUACCUGGGCGGCGGCGGCGAGACCUUCUCCAGCGCCACUCGCCGCCUCCGCGCCACGCCGCCCGCCCCGGCCCGCCGCCACCCUCAGCGCGCCGGCGGCGGGGACCCGGCGGGAGGAGGCCGGGAUUUGCACCUCCUGAUGAUGUUCACCAAGGCGGACCGGAGCCCGGCGCUGCGCACCAAGGCGCAGGCUGCGCUGCGGUCCCUGCUGCGGCACGGCCGCCUGGGCGCCGGGGAUGCGCUGCACUUCCACCUCGUCACUGACGGCGCCAGCCGCGACCUCGGCCUGGGCCUGCUGCGGGACCUGCUGCGGGGCGCCGCCUUCCGCCACCAGGUUAUAGUCCAUGAUGUGAACGAGCUGACGGAGAAGCUGUUUCCAAUCGUUGAAGCCAUGCAGAAACACUUCAGUGCUGGAUCAGGGACCUACUACAGUGACUCCAUCUUCUUCUUGUCAGUUGCAAUGCAUCGUGUCAUGCCCAAAGAAAUAACACAGAUCAUCCAGGUGGACUUGGACCUGAAGUUCAAGACCAACAUCCGAGACCUGUUUGAUGAGUUUGACAACUUCCCAGAGGGAGCAGUCAUUGGGAUUGCGAGGGAAAUGCAGCCAGUGUACAGGCACACGUUCUGGCAGUAUCGCCGCGAGAACCCCCAGACCAAAGUGGGGGAUCCCCCUCCUGACGGACUGCCUGGCUUCAACAGUGGUGUCCUGCUCCUGAACCUGGAAGCCAUGAGGCAGUCCAAGCUCUACAACCAGCUGCUGGAGCCCAGCACGGUGCAGAAGCUGACAGAGAAGUACCACUUCAAGGGGCACCUUGGGGACCAGGACUUUUUCACCAUGGUGGGGAUGGAGCACGCAGAGCUCUUCCAUGUGCUUGACUGCACGUGGAACCGCCAGCUGUGCACGUGGUGGAGGGAGCACGGCUACAGCGACGUCUUCGACCAGUACUUCCGCUGCCAGGGCCAGGUCAGGAUCUACCACGGCAACUGCAACACCCCCAUCCCUGAGGACUAGGGCAGCCAGCCCUGCAGAGCCGCCUGGGCUGCACCAGCAGUCGCUGUGGAAGGGGGACCAGCCCCCACCCAUUGCAUCUCGGGGGAAUCCCUAGGGAUCCCAAGAGCCUUCAGUGUCUCACUGCCUGAAGCCUCAUCUCUCCAGGAGGAAGCAGUCCAGUAGCUGGAGCAGGGCAUCCACAGUCACCGUGGCAGGACUCAGCUCCUGGCUCUGCCUGGGGCAAGUCCUUGGUAGCUCUCUGUGCCACACGUCAGGGCACAGGAACAGCCGAGGAGCCUUCAGGUGACCGCUGCUUUGGCACGUGGCAGGGUGCUACUCCCUGGAUGCUAUGCAGCCUUGCCUUGUCCAGCCAUCAGCAGGAGUCCACAGUCAGGCAGCUGGGUUUGGUUUUGGCAUUCCUCUGUGGCCCAUCUCUGCACCUGGCACAAGAGCGUGCAUCUGGUCCCUCUGGAGAGCAGACACUGUCCUCAGGUCUUCUUCCUUUUGAAGCAUUCCAGAAAGGCAAAGGGGUUUUAAAGACUGAAAAGGUGCUUUACAUUUUGUUACUUGUAAACAAAAAUGCAAUGCUGGGUGAGCCUUCCAUUGGUUCUUCUUAGCAAUAAAAGCUUUACUGGCC